AUGGCAAGUCAAAUAGGAAGACCUUUGUAUGCUGACCCUAUGACAGAGGAUAGAUUAAGAUUAGGCUAUGCUAGGGUGUGUGUUGAUGUCAAUGUCUGCUGCAACUUUCCCAAAUUUAUUGAUAUAGAUCAGGGCUAUGAUGAAGCCACUGGUGAACGUCGCAUAUCUAGGCUCCCAAUUGAAUAUCAGUGGAUUCCCUCUAUUUGUUCCCAUUGUAAGGUUUUUGGUCACUCAGAUUCUCGGUGCCCAAAAAAACCUAAAGUAGACCCUAAUAAUGUUGAAGGUAGUAAGAAAGCUGAUGAGGGAGAUGGCUUCACAAAAGUGCAAAGGAAGUGA